GUCCUUCUAUCCAGUCCUCUAUCACAGCAGCGUCUCAUUCCCCCUCUUUCUGUCUCUCUCUCUCCCAGGCGCGCGCUCCUUCUCUCCGUCAUAUCGGCGGAAGAGUGAUUCAACCCCCCUCCUCCCCCAUCGCUCGAACUGGAUUGUACAGACAGAGGCAAGCUGAGGACACAGAAGAGGAGAAAAAGGGCUCGAUCAGGGAAGGAAGACGUGGAAACACUACACACUGGAUAACAUUUCCUCUGCUGUCAGGGGGCUACAGAGCAACACAGUGACACUGCAGCAGUAGCAGCAAGCAGCGGUCUGGACUACAGCUUUGACUCACCGCUCUCUGAGGUAAAAAACCAUGCGUUCCCGUAGCAGCAGCCUAGAGGACACAGCAAAGGCCAAGCUGGCUCAGCACCAGGCACGACCACAGCGGGGGGCCACAGAACCUGAGGGGCCCCAGGGCAGGGGUGCAGGACGGGCCAGGCACAGGGAGCCCCCCGAUGACACAGGCACAAACACAGGCACUGUCCAGAGGAAGGAAAAUGAGGGCAGUGGCAGCAGUGGGAGUGGCAGUGCCAGCAGUAACAGUCGGAGGGAGAAGGCAGCAGGCGGGAAGACCAGGGACCUCUCCAGAGACGACCUUCUGUUCCUUCUCUCCAUGCUAGAAGGAGAACUGCAGGCCAGAGACGAGGUGAUCACGGUGUUGAAGGCUGAGAAGAUUGACUUGGCCCUCUUGGAGGCCCAGUAUGGGUUCGUCACCCCACAGAAGGUCCUUCAGGCCCUGCAGAGAGACACCGUCCAGAGCAAGGCUGAGACCUUCCAGGAGGACAUCUACGAGAGGCCCAUGGCUGAGCUGGACAAGCUGGUGGAGAAGCAGAGGGAGACCCACCGUCGCAUGCUGGAGCAGCUGCUGCUCACUGAGCAGUCCCACAAGCGCGCCCUGUACAAGCUGGACGACGAGAAGAGGAACCAUGGAGACUUCAUGAGGAAGAGUGACGAGUUCACCAACCUGCUGGAGCAGGAACGAGAAAGACUGAAGUUGCUCAUUGACCAGGAAAAGGCCUAUCAGGAAAGGAAAGAGGAGGAAAACAACAAGAAGGUCACCAGCCUAAAGGAGGAGCUGACCAAGCUGAAGUCGUUUGCGUUGAUGGUCGUGGACGAGCAGCAGCGCCUCUCAGAGCAAUUGACCCAACAGACUGCUAAGGUCCAGGAACUGACCGCCAGCGCCUCCCACACCCAGGAAGAGCUGAGCUCUGCUAAUGCAAAGGUGCAAAAGGGGGAGGAGAAAGUUUUUCACUUGGAGACAGAGCUAGGCGACCAAGCCAGUCGCUUUCACCAGGAACAGGAGACCAUGACAGCCAAACUGACCAGCGAGGAUGCCCAGAACCGGCAGCUCAAGCAGAAAUUGUCCACACUUAGCCGGCAGCUGGAUGAACUGGAGGAGACCAACAAGACCCUCCGGAGGGCCGAGGACGAGCUCCAGGAGCUGAGGGACAAGAUCAGCCGCGGGGAAUGUGGCAACUCCAGCCUCAUGGAUGAGGUGGAGGAGUUACGGAAAAGGGUUCUGGAGAUGGAGGGGAAGGACGAGGAGCUGGUCAGAAUGGAGGACCAGUGCAGGGACCUCAACAAGAAGCUGGAGAAGGAAGCCAGCCAAAGCCGUAGCCUGAAGGCUGAUGUGGACAAGCUGAACCACAGGAUCAUGGAGCUGGAGAAACUAGAGGAUGCGUUCGGCAAGAGCAAACAGGAGUGCAACGCGCUAAAGUGCAAUCUGGACAAAGAGAGGACAGUGUCAAAUGUUCUGUCCAGGGAGAUGGACAUCCUGAAAGCGAGGGUCAAAGAACUGGAGGCCGUGGAGGGUCAGCUAGAGAAGACAGAGCUUACACUAAAGGAAGACCUCACCAAGCUGAAGACGCUGACGGUCAUGCUGGUGGAUGAAAGGAAGACCAUGGCUGAGAAACUGAAAGCGAUGGAGGACAAGGUCCAUAACAGCACUGGCAAACUGCAAGCUGAGCAGGACAAAGUCACAACAGUAACAGAGAAGCUUAUUGAGGAGAGCAAGAAAGCCCUAAGGUCGAAUGCUGAGCUUGAGGAGAAAAUGUGUGGCGCCACCAAGGACAGGGAUGAACUCAAGGCCAAGCUCCAAGCCGAGGAGGAAAAGAGCAACGACCUGCAGUCCAAAGUUACCAUGAUGAAGAAGAGGUUGCAGUCACUGGAAGCUGCAGAGAGGGAAUUCCUGAGGAACAAAGCCAAAGAGGAAAACAUCAAGGUGCCCAUCGCCAACCGCUCCCAACAAGAGGACUACAAAGUCAAAGAGGAAAACAUCAAGGCGCCCAUCGCCAACCGCUCCCAACAAGAGGACUACAAAGUCAAAGACCUUACGCAGGAAGUUGAGCGCCUGAGGCGAAAACUUAAAGAUAUGAAGGUUGUCGAAGACGACUUGUUGAAGACUGAGGAUGACUUUGAGUCAAUGGAGAAGAGAUACUCCAGGGAACAAGAGCGAGCAAAGGCCUUGAUGGAGGAGUUGGAAAUAUCCAGAAAUGAGCUCUUAAAGUACCAACUGGCAGAGAAGCAAGAGUCCAACCAGGAGCACAUCCUCUACAAGCGUCUGAAAGACGAAGAGGCCAAGUCCAGUCAUCUGACCCGAGAGGUGGCGGCCCUAAAAGAGAAGAUCCAUGAAUAUAUGGGCACAGAGGAAAAUAUCUGUCGCAUGAAAAACGAUCACUCCACCUUGCAAAGAAAACUGACUCUGCAAGAGGUGAAAAAUAAAGAACUGUCCAGAGAGAUGGAGACCCUCAAUCGGGAGCUGGAGCGAUACCGUCGCUUCAGCAAAAGUCUCCGCCCAGGCAUGAACGGCAGACGUUUCUCAGACUUACAGGUGUGCACCAAGGAGGUACAGACAGAUCUAGCAGACCACCUUCGACCCAACUACAAGAGCAUCGCCCCACUGGAGCGGGCCGUGGUGAACGGAAAACUGUACGAAGAGAGUGACUCUGGGGACGAUCCAAACUACAACAAUGAGCUGCCCCUCGCAAAAGGAAACCCCUCCCUCUUCAACAAUGUCAACAACCUCAACAACAACAUCAGGAGAGUUCCCUUUCUCAAAACCAAAGAAAGCCACAACCCAGUCAAUGGGAAAGUGCAGGUUCCCAGACAGAAUGGGAACCAUGUGCAGCAAGGAGACGUGUUUCUGACACACAGCCCCGGGCAACCACUGCACAUCAAGGUAACCCCAGACCACGGGCAUAACAUGGCCAUGCUAGAAAUCACCAGCCCCACCGCAGAAAACACCCAGUCAUACACCAGCACUGCAGUCAUCCCCACAAGUGGAGGUCCACCCAAACAAAGAAUCACCAUAAUUCAGAACGCAUCCAUCUCCCCGACUACCAGAAACAAAGGUCAAAGGUCCCCCUCGUCAGAUGGUUCCCCCUGCACUCCUGAUCGAGCCAUAUCUCCCUUCACCAUGACCACCUACUCUAGAGCGAUGACCCCAGACUCCUCUGGGUCGGUCACUCCAGACAGGGCUAUGUCACCCAUCCAGAUAGUGUCGGUCACAACAGGCACUCCUGACCGGUCCCUAUUCACGGAGCCAGUAGAGGUCAUGGGAGGUCAUGCAGUCUUCAGGGUGACACCAGAGAGGCAGAGCAGCUGGCAGGUUCAGAGGUCCAACAGCUCCGGCCCAAACGUCAUCACCACGGAGGACAACAAAAUCCGCAUUCACUUAGGGAGCCCCUUCAUUCAGAGCUUAAACACUACACCCCAGCCUGUGAGCCCAUGCUACUCACCUGGGCAGGAGCAGAGAUCUCCUGUAUUAUCCAAUGAUACCCCUGUCAAAGGCAACAGCAAAAUCACAAGUAGCAUCACUAUAAAGCCAUCAUCCACCCCAAUCAAAAGGCCUUCACAAAUUACAAUCCCCUUGGAAGCAUUCCGACGCCCAGGUCCAACCAGGAUCCCCAAACCUAAAGCCUACAGUACAAAAGGAACAAACAGUGCGGUCAAUCCAGGGCAGAGUAAUAAAGGACAGCCCCAGACAGCUCUCUCCUCAGAGAAGACGCUGCAGGGUACUCAGAGUGCAGCCAACAACCUAAAUGUGGUCAACUGUCCCACUAGAAUAUAACGUCACACACUUGGAUGUAUCAUCACAUUAUGAUCUCAAUUAUGAUGUAUUCCUGUUGCUACACAGACUUCAGCUUUUGUGUGCCUCGGUAUUGAUAAUGAAAACACCAAAAUAGGAAGAUGAGUAGGCCUAGGUUAACUAGCAUACGUGUUUCACAAAGAAAAAUUCACUGAUCUGUCUGUGUAAGCAGCAGGGACACAACUUUUACUGGGGACGGGGUUUUAUGAUUGGAAUGUGAUACAAAACAGGGCAGCGGGGUACUUUAGGACCAUGCAGACACCUCCGAGCGGUCGGGUAGAAAAAAAAUACAAUAUAUAUAUAUAUAUAUAUGUGUGUGUCCCCACCUCUAAAACCAAAGUUGCGCCCCUGGUGAGCAGUAACUGUAGUAAUUGAUCAAUUAUGAGAUAUAUAUAUAUAUAUAUAUGUAUAUAUAUACAUAUAUAUAGGCUACUGUUAUUGCUAAUACCAUUAAAAUAUGAAUGUGUAUUAUCCCCUUGAAACAUGAACUGUAUUGCUAUUUUAAUGUGGUAGACCUAUCUAAUUUACAUCCACUACUUAAUUAGUCUAAUUCUAUGAGUGGCAAAAAAAGGAAUGCUAUUAACAGUUUGAAUAAUGUACAUGUGUAUUAUUGGUAUUUUAUGUUGAAUGCGACCUCCUCAGUGAUGAUCUCUGAAAUGUAAUGAUCAGACUAUUAAUUGGUUAUCAAUAAAUAUUGUUUUUAUACCUACA